CCAUAGACUGUGGUCAACACUCAACUGCAACUGAGAGACGGUGGACCCAACAUUCUCUCCUUCAGCUUUGCUUGGACUUAAAGUUUGUAUUUGUAUUUUCAUGUAUUGCAACAAGGAAGAUCAGAAGGGAAAAGAUGAGAGCCCGGUCAGGGAGAUGACCAAAGAGGAUGUCCCAGAGUAUUCGGAGGGCCACACACACCUGAGCAGGCUCCAUGGGCUCUCGCAUGGUGUAGAACGUCCUGUCAUCCACCAGGUGGCAUCAGCCCCUAUGCCCUCCGACUGUGAGUUCUCAUUCUUUGACCCCAGCGAACCCCAGUGCAGAGAGGUUCUGUUGGACCCAAGCACCUCUGUGCCGGAGCUGUUUGCUGUGCUCAGGCAGUGGGUGCCUCAGGUCCAGAAAAACAUCGACCUCAUCGGAAAUGAGAUUCUGAAGAGAGGGUGUGGCGUGAACGACCGCGAUGGCCUGACAGACAUGAGCCUGCUGCACUACUGCUGCAAGGCUGGGGCACCCGGGAUUGGCGACGCGCACACGGCGGCCUCCUUCGCUCGCCAGCUGCUGUCCCGGGGCGCUGAGCCAGGGCUGCGGUCGCGCUGGACCAACAUGAGCGCCCUACACUACGCCGCCUAUUUUGACGUCCCCCAGCUCAUCAGGGUGGUGCUGCAGGCCUCACAACCGGGUGAAGUGGAUGCAACCUGCAGUGACUUUGACUUUGGCACCGCCCUGCAUAUCGCCGCGUCCAACCUCUGCGUCUCCGCCGUCAAGUGCCUCCUAGAGUCGGGAGCCAACCCUGCUUUCAGGAACGAGAGGGGGCAGUGCCCGGCCGACGCCGUCCCCGAGCCCCUCGAUAUGCCCCUGGAGAUGGCCGACGCCGCCGCCCUCGCCAAGGAGCUCCGCACCCUGCUGAGAGAAGCGCUGCCCAGGCCCUGUGCCCCCCUGCCCCUCACCCUGCCGGCACCAGGCCCCGGCAGCAUCUCGGACAAGGCCAAGGCCCAGCUGGCCACGAUGGGCCUCCGGCUGGGGGACCGCGUGGUCAUCGCUGGCCAGAAGGUGGGUACGUUACGGUUCUGCGGCAGCACUGAGUUCUCCGGCGGCCUCUGGGCCGGCGUGGAACUCGACCAGGCAGACGGGAAGAACGACGGCUCCGUCGCAGGAGUCCAGUACUUUACCUGCCGCCUCAAGCAUGGGAUUUUCGCUCCCCUGUCCAAGAUCAGCAAACCCCUGGAGCGACGCAAAACCAACCCCCCGAAGAACCCCGUGCCGGCCCCUCGCCGCGUCGACCUGUCGCGUCUCCCCUCCAAGAUGAACACAGGUGCUCUCUCCCGCUCCCUGUCCUCCUCCUCCUCCUCGCUUGACUCGCGGCACGGCCACGGCACGCGUCCUUGUCCGGCGCCGCGGCAAAGACCCCCCGCAAGGCAGCGGAGGGAACGGCUCCCACCCAGCUCCACGGUCACCCCUCCUCCGCUUCCCCUGGCCCCUGGCACCACCUUCCUAGUGUCGCGGAGCCGGACCCCCUCAGCCGGCAGCUCUGUGUGCGAGGGUCCCGAGGUGCGUCUGGGGGAGCGUGUGCUGGUGGUGGGCCAGAGGACCGGCGUGGUCCGAUUCUACGGCAAGACCAGCUUCGCUCCUGGGUUCUGGCUGGGGGUCGAGCUGGACAAGCCCAGCGGGAAGAAUGACGGCUCGGUUGGAGGUGUGUGCUACUUCACCUGCCCGCCCAAGCACGGCGUCUUCGCUCCUCCCUCACGUGUACAGAGAAUCCAUGGUUCUGUUGACUGCCUGUCUGAGCUGUCUUCUUCUCGGCUCAACAAGCCCUUCACCGGGAUCCGUCGCAGUUUCAGCACGUCGUCAGCAAUUGCCACACAGAAGGAGCCGCACAGGAAGAACCCUGUAAACAGGACAUUGUCCAAACCCCACCGUCGGCGUUGGAGCCCCCUGAGUGGUGGCAGCUGGGGCGCUGUGGGGAGCAUCAAGGGCUCCGGCAGUGCCGCCUUCUCCACCACCGGCUCCUCCACGGGCUCCGAUAGCGGCGUCCGCCUCCACCUCGGUAUGCAGGUCCUGCUGACCAGCGCCAACGAGAUGGCACUCAUCCGUUACCUGGGCGCAGCCGACUUUGCCCCGGGCCUGUGGCUGGGCCUGGAGCUGAGGAGCUCCAAGGGGAAGAACGACGGCUCGGUGGGAGGGCGACGCUACUUCAGCUGCCGGCCCGGGCACGGGGUCCUCGUGCGGCCCAGCCGGGUGACCUACCGCGGCAUCAACGGGGCGCGUCUGGUGGACGAGAACAGCUGAAAGCCACGGCCCUUCAGGCAGAUCGGAUACAGGGUGGAUGGAAGGUUGUUGGAAAGCAGGUUUUUUGUCUUUUUUUGUUUUUUUGCAUUUCUGUAAUGUCCUAAUAGAUACUUUCCCAUCUAGAGACUUGAUAGACUUGAGAGUUGUGACUUUACAAUACGAUUCAGUUAAGUUGAUGUGCUUACAGCCUACACUAACUACACAUCGACUCUUUUUCACUCCUUUUGUUCUAGUUUUAACUGUUCUCAUUGACGUGUGCACUUGAAUUAAUCAUUUAGGCCUCUAGAUUUGGCUUCGAUCAUAGUUUUGAAGCAGAAGAAGCACUUUGAUUGUUCGCUGACAAUAUCUUGUUUUGGCAGGGCAGGAACGAAACUAUUUUUAUCAAGUCUUUGUAAGACACUAAAUAAACUGCACUACUGUACAAAGUGUGCUCUGAUGUCGGUCAGAUGCACUGUAUUUUCCUAGAGAUGGAGAAGUGGAGGAGAUGAUACACAUCUACUAUUCUCACAGUUCCCUGAGCUUAUUAGGUCUUACUUUCUCACUGAACCAAGAUUACUUACCCAGUGAGCACUUUAGUUCAGAUGAUUGAAGUCGAUUUGCUUUUAUGAGGCGAGUUUUUGGUCACUGAUGAAGCACUUUGGUCCCUCAGCAAAAAUACAUGCUUUGGCUCAUCAUACUUGUACAUUUAGUGACUUCCAAAAAUAAAUAAAUAAACAUGCUGGUGCUAUACUGUAAAAUUGUGCCCUGAUGCAUGUUUGUCAGAAUCUUUUACCGGGGCGUAGGUAGAUUGAGCUGCUGUACCAUGAUGCCUGCUGUGCCAUGGUACCCGAGAUGUAAUACAACAUGAUAGCGAUUAGUUAUAUCAAAACAUCAAUUAUCGUUUAAAUCUGCUAGCAAUACUGGCUAACCACAUUGUCUAUUUACUAUCGUUUACAACGGUCUAUUAAAAACGAUGAAAGUGUGUUUACUUAAGAAAGCGCAUGGCAGCCCGCCUAAACACCACACAUUUUCUUUUAACUUCUGUCUGGGUAAGUCACUGAAAAACAAGGAGUUGAUCAGAUAUGUGUGGGGGGGUAUGUGUAACACCCUAUUCAACAAAACCUGCAUAUGCCAGCCAAUCAGAGGGGAUAGACCACAACAGUCGUCCAGAAACUCAAGCUGAAUAGCCAAUCCCAUGUACCAUUGAUCAAUACUGCAAUUGAAAGGCAGGUAGCCAGGCCCAAGGUUGUUUGAAUUAUCCGGCCAGAGGUGUUGAGAUGAAAAACCGAAGGUUCUAAACGUAAAAUCGAUCACUUUCUGUGGACCAUCUCAGAAACCAAUUUCUGUAGCAGUCAGUGCCGUGACAUUAUUUAUGGUCACUCCUGUGACAGGUAUUUCUAAGAUGGCCAUACCUGUGAUGUCAUCAUGAGCAGUCUCCAUAUUCGAUAUGAUACACAUCCAAUAGCUGAUCUCUUGUGCAGUACAAGUGAUCUCAAGUUGCACUGGAAAGCUGGGUAGGACAAGUUAUUUGCCCCUGGUACUGUACCAGGAUUCCCGCGGGGACUUAAAAAGUCUGAACUUUACCCCCGAUUCUGAACCCCCGAUUAUCAUUGCAUAAUUCCCACUCUGUUUUUAACCAAACUAAACUAAAGAGAAUCUUCCUGAGAUUAACAAGCGUUUGGUGGAAAGGAGAGAGACGAUAUGUAUAAAAUUAUGUGAAGGUGAAGUCCCACAUCUCACAGGACCACAAUGUAACUUUUAAGUUAAAAUAAACUAUUUAAAAUUUGGAUUUAAACCCAGGCUGUUGCGGUACUGCCCCAGCAUGUCUGAAAGAGCAUGCAGACUAACCCAGUGAGCUAACAGGGGAGCCCUGCUUUCUUCUGGUUUUCUGACACUCCAACUGCAGGUUGAUACUAAAUACCUGGAAAGACAGUUGGGAGAGGGGAUCUGAACAGUCGGGGAGUGUGCUGCAGUUACAGGGAUCUGGGCCCACGGAUGUGUUUGGCACUAUGCUCUGUGCUGGUUUUGAACCUAGGUUGUUGUGGUGUAGGCCCUUGUUCUCAACCCACUACACCACAGGUUUGGCAGUAGACUCAAUGGUACACAUGCUUACCCACUGAGCCACAGAGGUUUCCUGCAACGUUAUUUUCUACAAGACAGUGUAAUUGCCCUUAUGACUUACUGAAACCUGCAGGAACCCUGUGUACAUUUCAGUGUUGAGUUUUGAUAUGUUCAUAUGGAAUUGUGUGUAAAAUGAGAGGGUGUCAGUAUGGAAUACUUGCGCGUAGUUCAAAAGAGUAUUUAUAAACUACAUAAUGAAUAAAGACUCUAUUCUAAUUUC